AUGGCAUCGUCAAACAAAAGUUCAAAAAAGAAGACAGAUUCAACCUGUGUGAAUAUUGAAAUAAAAGAUUUCUUUGAAAUCGGAAAUGAUGUGAAUGUUGAUGAAAUAUUGCCAUUAUGGACAAAGGAACAGGAAGAGAUGGUUCCAUCGAUUAUAACGAACGUCGAUCAGAUUGAGCAACCAAUCAAUUACAUAGCCGGUUUAGAUAUAAGUUUUGUCAAAUCAAAUGAGAAAGCCGUCUCAUCGAUGGUCAUUUUCGAUUAUGCAACAUUAGAUAUUGUGGCAAAAAUCAGUAUUUAUUGCAUAAUCAAAAUUCCCUACAUACCUGGCUAUUUAGCAUUUCGUGAGACUCCAAUAUUCAUGAAAUUAAUUGAAAUUCAAAAACAACAUUGUCCGCAGUUCACACCGCAAGUCAUUCUAAUCGACGGAAAUGGUGUUUGGCAUCCACGUCGUGCCGGUAGUGCGUCUCAUUUUGGACUCUUGAGUGGCAUCCCGUGUUUUGGCGUAUCGAAAAACGUUCUCUAUGUAGAUAGUAUCACACGACCUAAAAUUCAGGAGUUACUAACCGAAAACGCGCCAGGUGUUGGUCAAUAUAUUGAAGUUAAUGAUGAUAGCGGCAAUGUUCUUGGUAUAGCUUAUAAUGUAACUGGGAGUGUUAAAAACGCUGUUUAUAUCAGUGUUGGACAUAAGAUAACAUUGGCAACCGCUUUACAGAUAUUUGAAUCUGUCAGUCAAUAUCGUAUUUGUGAACCAAUACGACAAGCAGAUCUGCUCAGUCGGCAAAUGGUUGCAAACAUUUCAUAA